AUGAUCAACACAAGUCGUUCCAGCUCAUCCGAUGGCCUUCCAUUUAAGUUUUGCUCAAAUCACAAGUUCCUACACACUUGUGAUCUUGUAACAAUUCUCACUUGCAUUGUAAAUGGCGCGUCUUCGCCAGUGGCUGUAGCAGGAAAUUCUCUGAUUUUGGCAUCAAUUUGGAGGAACCCUUCUCUUCGAACCCCCACGUAUACGUUCCUUGGUUUCCUUGCGUUAGCAGACUUAUUUAUAGGGCUUCUUGGUCAGCCAUUUUAUGUUAUAUACAGAGUCGCAGAUCUUAAGGGGUAUGACAAGCUUUAUUGUGUAGCAUCCGCAGUCGCUCAUAGCAUCGUCCCCUAUCUAGUUAUCCUGACAGCAUCGACGUUAACAUCAAUGGCGGUGGAAAGAUGGUUAGUUAUGAGCCGCCGAAGCUCCUUAAUAACUGUUCGGAGAGUAUAUUUUAUCGAGGGUGCUCUGUUGGUGGUACCGGUGCCAUAUAUGGCACUUCGCAGACUGCCAGGAAUGGAUAAGUAUUUUGACUUACCUGUUGACUCCAUCAUAGAAGGAUGCAUGGGUUUUUGCUUCUUUGCUAUAUUUACUCUAUCGUACUUUAGAGUAUUUCGAAUAAUUCGACACCAUCAGCAGCAAGUACAUUCAAGUGCAAACAUCGCUGGCCAGUCCGUCAUUCACUUUGAAAAAUAUAAAAGAUCUGUGUUUUCCAUUCUCUGGAUUGUGGCGCUUUUCGUGUUGAGUUACUCGCCGUAUUUACUUUCUACUGUUCUUGUGAAGGCAUUGAAUGUUUCCUAUGAAACAUCUCUCAUCGUUCUCCAUAUAGGAACAACCAGUAUGCUAAUUUCAUCGACCCUGAAUCCGUUUCUUUACGUUUGGAGAUUGAGAGAUGUCCGUCAAGAAGCUAAAAAGGUCAUUCGAAAGAUAUUAGGCAAAUUAAGAACAUUGUUGUGA